AUGGCAAAAACGUCAGCAGCAUCCGGGGAAGGAGGAGUAAAAGCCAAAAGAGAAGAAAAGAUGCACAGAGAAAUGGAUCGAAAGGGUCCUCGAAGUGGCGGUCAUCGAACUACCAGGUCACACAGUGGCGCGGAGAAGAGCGAUGGAUGGCUGAGCAUUCUGCUCGGUUUCUCUUUCCCCCUGGCGUCCGUCAAGCCAUUAAAAGGUAUAAACUAUGUUUUAUAUGGACAAUUAAAGGUGAAGCUGCAGAGUUGCACAGCACCAGGCUCUCUGCCUCUGCCUCUGCCUCUGGGUUCCAGUUCUGGGUUCUGGCUCUUCCCAUCCGUCCCGGGGCGCGGGCACAUGCCGUCUGGACCGUAUGAUAGGAUCCAUCUUCCUUGCCCUGCCGUGCGGAGCCCCGUUAGCAUAUGA